CGAUACUUUCCGAAUCGCCUGGUAACCUUGGAAACGGGGCGUCCAGAAAACUGCUGGAAGAGCCGAUAGCUUCCGAGUCGCCCGGUAACCUUGGCAACAAAGACAACUCAAGGAGGCCGUUUGGGCUGCUCGAACCGGCAUGGCGGAGGUGAAGGCCCGACCGAUCGUAUCCUUCCCGAUGGCCUCAGACCUUCAUAAAGCUCGCUCAGGAAAAGUGCUGGAACUGCCCAUACUGGAGAAAAGAAACUGGCUGAUACACCUGCACUACAUCCGCAAAGACUAUGAAACGUGUAAGAUUGCUAUAAAAGAGCAACUUCAGGAGAGCCAUGGAAUGUGUGAAUAUGCGGUCUACGUGCAAGCUUUGAUAUUUCGCUUGGAAGGGAAGAUUCAAGAGUCAUUGGAACUCUUCCAGACUUGUGCUAUUCUCAGUCCUCAGAGCGCAGACAACCUCAAGCAGGUGGCUCGGUCACUGUUUCUUCUGGGGAAGCACAAAUCAGCCAUUGAAGUGUACACUGACGCGGCCAAACUCAACAACAAGGACUGGGAGAUCUUCCACAACUUGGGCAUCUGCUACAUGUAUCUAAAACAGUUCAAUGAGGCAAAAGAGCAACUGAACACUGCCCUGGAGCUGAGCCGGCAUGACUUGACGUACAUGACGCUGGGGAAGGUCCAUCUGCUGGAGGGGAAUACAGAGAAGGCCAUUGAAGUGUAUAAGAAAGCAGUGGAGUUCUCUCCCGAAAACAUGGAGCUGCUGACGACUCUGGGCUUGCUUUACCUGCAGCUUGGCGUUUAUCAGAAGGCCUUUGAGCAUCUUGGGAAUGCACUCACGUAUGAUCCCAGCAACUAUAAGGCAAUUUUGGCAGCCGGUAGCAUGAUGCAGAUGCACGGGGACUAUGACGUGGCCCUCACGAAGUACCGGGUGGUGGCUUGUGCUGUUCCCGAAAGCCCCCCGCUCUGGAACAACAUUGGAAUGUGCUUCUUCGGCAAGAAGAAAUUUGUAGCGGCAAUCAGCUGCCUGAAGCGAGCCAACUACCUGGCCCCCUUUGACUGGAAGGUCCUGUACAACCUGGGGCUAGUCCACCUGACAAUGCAGCAGUAUGCAUCUGCCUUCCACUUCAUCAGCGCCGCAGUCUACCUCCAGCCAAAGCUGGGCGAGCUCUACAUGUUGUUGGCAGUUGCACUGACAAACCUGGCUGACGCGGAGAAUGCCAAGUUAGCUUACCAGAAAGCUGCAGCGCUGGACAGGCACAACCCCCUGGUAAACCUGAAUUACGCGAUUCUGCUGUACAACCUGGGCGAGAAGCAAAAAGCUGUCCUCCAGUACCAGGAGAUGGAAGGCAAGGUCAGCAUGUUAAAGGAGAGCGGCGAGAUGGAGCUGGACCUUGAGAUGGUGGAGAUUGCCCAGAAGUUGGGUUCCUCCUUGCAGCUGGGAGAGAGCACAGUGUGGACCAAGCUUGCAAAAGACUCCAAGUCAAAGCAGCGAGGGAAUUCGGCCAGCAAAUCUGGCACACAGCCUUUGGGUUCAAACCAGGCUCUGGGACAAGCCAUGUCUUCGGCAGCUGGGUACGGAAAGACCAUUCAGUUCCCGCCAGGUGCGGGAAUUUCAGCUCAGCAGGCAAAGCCCCCUUCCCCCUCCCUGGAGCCCGUUACCGACACAGAAGAUGGUCCGGAGGAGGCAGAGAUGAAGGAGCAAAGGCACAAAGGCCAGCCUGUGGGGGACAAGUAGAGGAAUUCCGGAGAGCUUGUGAGCUCUAUGAGACCCUCCCCCCCCCCAUCUCCGCUGGGAGCCCAGGCACAAUGGGGAUGGAGAUGCGUGGCAUAGCAUUGUGGGCUGCAACUGGAAGCCCUUUCCCUCAACAUUUCAUUCCCGGAGGCAGUCGGCCUACCCCGGGGAGAUGUCAUUUUGUGGUAACCAGACAGCAGGCCAAGAGCAAAACAGCCGCCCCCCACGACACAUCCAACAAAUCGAGGGUCUGGCCUCAAGUUUCUGCUGGGCUGGGCUUGCCUUCUGGAACCAGGUCUCCAGGCUCAGCUGCAGGCUGGCCAGCCCCCACCCCCGCUGGAGCCCUUCAACUAGUUGUUUGUCAAAUUUGGGUUAGACACUGCUGCUUCCUCAGGGAAAGCCGAUAAUGGACUCCUAGUGGCAUCAGCUAUAGUAGGAGACUGACAAGCAGGGAUGUCUUCCUUCCUUUAAUUACCGGCUGGUGGAAGCUGGCCACGUCAAGGCUAGCAGCAGAAAAUAGUUUUGUUUCCAGGAGCUAUAAGUAAACAUAUUGCAAAUUAGAGUAAUAAAAUGGAUCGGAUCAUUA